GACCUGUUCGGUUCGCUAACGGUCUUUAGUGAAUGGUACUUCAAACUACUACACGCACAUACUCUGGAGCCACCGGUGUCGCAGCAUCUUCAUCCACAAUGACUAGAUCGCCCGGAUGGACGUCCUUGCGCGAGCCUCGGCGUUCCACAUCGUCCAUAGCACCGGCUGGCUUCACGGCAACGCGCGAAAGUGGUGUCAUGUCCACAGCUGAGCUGCCCGCGGCUGCGUUCUCCCCUUCACCGAGAGCAUCCGGAUUCCAGCCUGGGGAAUCAUUGCGAUUGUCCAGCGGUUCCUUGCUCUGCGGUCUUUUGCGUCGGUUCUUGCCGCAAUGACAGCUGCAGAGAAGGCAAAGGACGGUGACGAAAGUUGCGAUGACAAUGACGGACACCAGUGUUAGCCAUAUGAUGGCUGUGUGAGUGCCGAUGUCUGCUGCUCAUCCGCCAUCUUCGCUGCCGUGCCUGAAAGGCCGUCUUGUCGACCUUCUCGGAAACGAGGCGUGAAAGAAGUAGAGUGCGAGCUUCGAGAGGUGACAAGGAUACCACGAUAUAUUUAGGCUCUUUUCUGAACGUAAAAGCCUUGCGAAGUGCUGG